AUGAAAUUAAUCUUUUAUUUGAAUCUAUUGAAUUGUUUUUAUGUUUUAAUAAACUCGAAUGAAUAUUUUCUUGAUACAUGUUGUUCAUUAAAUGAAAAUCAACGAAUUUAUUUAUCUUGUGGUUUAAAUGAAAAAAUUCAUUUAAAUUUAAUUGAAAUAUUUUAUAAUUCAGAAGAAUAUUGUUCAACACAAUUCUAUUGUUGUAAAUAUAAAACAAAAUGUUCACGUCGAAUAACAAAAUAUUCAAGUUUACAUUGUGAUCAACAAAAUUCUUGUUGGAUUGAUAAAACUUGUUUAAAAAUUUAUAAACCAUGUACAAAUAUUUAUGGUUUAUAUGGACAAUAUAUAACUAUUAAUUAUACUUGUUUACCUUCCAAUAAUAAUAAUAAUAAUGAAGAUGAUUAUUAUCAUCUUAAUGAAACAAAUGAUGAAACAAUUCCAUUUAUUGUCAAAUUAUUAACAUCACAAGAAGAUUCUUCAAAUAAGAAAAAUUCUUUAAUAAAAAAUGAAAUCUUUUUAUCUGAUAAUCUCAAAUCAUCUCCAAUUUUAUUAAUAUUAAUAAUAUGUAUAUUUAUUUUUUUAAUGUUAUUUACUUAUUGGUUAGCUUAUCUUUGUGGAAAAAAUAUUUGUAGAAAAAAUUCAAAUAAAACAAAAACAACUCCGCAAAAAUUAUUAAUUCCACAAAAAAUUCAAAUAAAACAUGAAAAUAAUAAUAAAAUUAAAGUUCAAUCAAAUAAUAAUUCUUUACCACAAACACGAAUUUAUCCUUCAUAUCAAUAUAAUAAUAAUCAGCAUCAUCGGGAAAGAUAUUAUCCAAACAAAUCUCGUCAUCUAUCAUAUUCUUAUAAUCCACAUCGACAAUAUAUUAGUGUUCAACAUGAUCCGCUAACUGGACAAAUAUCUUCAAGGACAUUUAAUAGUUAUCUUAAUUAUUAUUAA